AUGACGCACCUCAAGUCCACAUUUCUCUCACGAGAACCCUUGGCUUCCCAAGAAGCCAAAUGGAAAAGACUAGUCAAAACAAACUACAUUGAUCCCAACGGAGUCAAAAGAGACUGGGAGUCCGCUGAGCGCCAGACAAGGCCGACAGACUCAUCUGUCGACGGAGUCAACAUCGUCGCGUUUCUGAAUAAGAAGAAUGGCUCUGAGAUCCUUUUGGAGAAGCAAUACCGGCCUCCAAUUGACCAAGUUGUCAUAGAACUCCCCGCAGGGUUGAUCGACGCAGGGGAGACAAUUGAACAAACUGCAGUCCGAGAGCUGAAAGAAGAGACUGGGUACAUUGGCGUUGCUGAUAAAACUACUGGGAUUAUGUACAAUGAUCCUGGCUUCUGCAAUGCCAAUUUCCACAUGGUUUACGUUCAGGUUGACAUGUCUCUUCCAGAAAACCAGAAUCCAAAGCCUGAUCUCGAGGAUAAUGAGUUUAUCGAGUGUUUCACACUUCCGGUAUCGGAGCUUUCGGCUGAGUUGCAAAAGUUGGAGAGUGAAGGGUAUGCGAUUGACGCCCGGGUGGGAUCUAUUGCGGAGGGGAUUGAGAUUGCAAAGAGGUUUAAGCUUUGA